AUUAUAAAGAUUAAGUUCAUUAUGAAAUAAAAAAAGUUACACGUAAUUUUGAUAAUAUUUUCAUGAUAGAAACUUAAUCCUUACUUAUUAAAGCUUAAGUACUAAAGUAGUUAAAAGUUCCAACACUAAAUCCUCAAAUGUAAUCCCAUAUCCAAUAAAUUAACCCUCCAUUUUUUUCUUAGUUCAUAAGGAAGAAAAGAAAUAGCCUCUAAUAAAAUCCCCUCUUCUCCACUUCCAAACGACUCUCAAAGAAAUAGAGCAACAAAUAAAGAGAGAGAGAAACAAUGCUUGUGAGUCGGCCUCUUUCCUUAUUUAGAAGGUCACCAAGCAGCAUUUCGAUGCCGGUGGCAGCAUCGGAGGGUCCGUUUUCAGGGGUUUUCGUGGUGAAAGAUGAGGAAGCUGAAGCCGAUGACUCGUACUGUUGGGGGAUUUGCAAGAGAAGGAGUAUUAAGAAGGCACCAUUUCCACAAGAUAGGAUAUUGACCAUUCUUCAUAGUUCUUCUCAAUAUGAAGAAACAAAAUCCACUAAGGUUUGGUUGCUUCCCGUUCUUGAUCGUCCUCUUUCUUCUAAUCGUUACUAUCUUAUCAAAGCUGGUGGCAAACAUAAAGGGAAGGCAUACAAAUGCUCAAGAGAAGACGACAUAAGAACAUGUUGCUUCGGGGACGUUUUGAGCGACAAGAAGCCAUCACCCUUCAACUUGAAAGACAUCUACCAACAGUUUCAGAUUCACAGGCACCACAGCGGCGGUUUCUUCGCUCAGUCAGUCGCUCCCGAUGGUGUUCCGCCCAAGUUUCUCCGAACCAAAGGAUGGAAACUUCGUUCUUCUUCUUCCUCCUCAACUUUCCAUCUUCCAUUUCAGGAAGCUCUUGGCUUAGACUCCUCUAGUAGAGAGCUUCUUCCUGACUUUAACUUCCCCAUCUUUACCACUCGCUCCCCUCCUGUGGUGGUCGGAAAAUGGUUAUGCCCAUUUGUUUUUGUGAGGGAGAACUCAAUGAGCAUAAGAAAGCAAAUGAAAAGAUCACCAAUUUACUCUCUCACUCUUGAACAAUGUUGGGAACAAAUGUUCUCUUGUGAAAGCCCUAAUGACGAAACUAGCUCCAUCGUGACCGUCACCAUCGACGUGGCUAGAGAGGUCGUGUUGCUAGCCGGGAGAGAAGCAGAGAGAGAGAAAGGAGAUGAGCAUAGAAAGGGAUUCAUUUGGUUUAAGGUUUGUAAUAGAUUAGAUGGUGGUGGGACAGCCAUGGGCAUAGGACUAAGCAUUGCCCUAUUGGAGAAAAUAAGAUGGGUGCAAGAAGCGGGUGGCUGGUUCAGCAGCGGCGACAACGACAAGGGCGGAGAGAAAGUAGUGAGGGUGGAGAAAGUAGAAGAAAUUACAAGUGAAAAUGGUUGGAGAAGAUUUAGCCUUUAUAUGUUGGUGGAAAGCUUUGUUCUUAGGAGAUCCAAUGGAGGUUUGGUUUGGAAAUAUAAUUUCAGGCACACUCAUACCAUUAAGUGUAAAUGGGAAUAGCAAGCAACAUCGUCAUCUUUUACCUUUCUUAUUACAACCAAAUAUCAUUUUAGUUUGAGCAUAACUUACAUGAAGAAAGUUCAUUCUCUAAAUUACUCUCUAAUUUUGAAAUAACAUAAAAUCACCAAUAUAUAGCUGUAUUGUAAAAAGGUGAAGAUCAAAAUAUCUGACAAUUUAAACUAACAAAGAGGAGCUAUAAAAUGUGAUAGUGGGUGUGAAGACUUAUCUUGUAAUAACUUUGAUUUCUUGAAAGAUUUGAGUAAAUCGCUUCUGUACACAAUGGAUAUACAUGUGUUUCAAUUACUAAACCA